AUGCAGCAGGCAAAAGCUCACACCGAGACCGUCGAGGACACAGGCGAAGGACUUCUUAUGAGGUCCAAGCUUGAUGACUUGAGCGUUUGGCAAAGUGUUCGCAGGUUCAAACGCGUCGGCUGUAUUGCCAUGCUUGCAGCCUUCUCCGCAUCUCUGGAUGGAUAUCAGAUCAAUCUCAACGGCGGAAUUGUCUCCAACCCUGGAUUCAUACGACAAUUCUCUACCUCUGGCACGACCAUCAUUGCGGGUAAAUACAUUUCGGCCUGGGGAGGUAUCCAGUCAGCAGGCCAGACCAUCGGACAAGUCCUCCUUCAAUAUGCAACUGAGCGUCUCGGCCGAAAGGCUGCGAUGAUGAUCAUCUGGGUUGUUCUCACCGCGAGUGUAUUUGCCGAAUCAUUCGCAACGCACUGGCAGCAUUGGCUUGUGGCAAAGCUCUUUUCUGGCAUGGGUGUUGGUAUGCUGCAGUCCACCAUGCCUCUGUACCUCUCCGAGAUUUCUCCUACUCAGCUCCGAGGUUUCUUCAUCAAUGCCUACAGUUUCUGGUUUGUCCUAGGCCAGCUCUUUGCCUCCGUGGCGCUCAAGGAGCUCAAAGCGAACGACCCCCUCGAUUUCCGAACUCCGAUUUACACUCAGUGGGCUAUGAUCGGCUGCAUUCUUAUCGCCUUCCUUCUCAUCCCCGAGUCCCCUUGGUGGCUAGCGAGCAAAGGCAAGGUUGAGCAGGCAUCUCAAGUGCUCAACCGAUGCUUCGCCAAUGUCGAAGGCUACGAUGUUAAUCAACAAAUCGAAAUCAUGACUUCUACCCUCGCCGUCGAACGCCAACAAGCUGAGCAAAAUUCCGAGCUGGGACCCUGGGCUGUGUUCAAGGGUCGCAACCUGAUUCGAUUCAUCAUCUCCGGUUGGCCCAAGAUCACACAGCAGUUUGUUGGUCUAGCCGUAUUUAAUACCUACGCGACAUAUUUCUUCCAAUAUGCAGGAAACAAGGAUCCGUUCCUCGUGACUCUCAUCCUCUCAUCCGUUCAGCUCAUCUCGAUGAUCGCCACUGCAACACUAACAGAUUCCAUCGGUCGACGUCCUCUAACCGUCUACCCAUAUGCUGUCACGGUCGUUUCGGUUCUGUGCUUGGGUAUCAUUGGUUGCUUCGACUAUACAGCCAAGGCUACUAGUUCGCUACUUAUUUUCUUCGCUUGCCUCGCUACGUUUUCCACGACUGGUGCCUCAGCCAUCGGCUACGCCUUCGCGGCUGAGAUUCCGCAACAGCGCCUCAGAGCCCAGACAGCUGGUUGGUCAUUGGCUGUGUCGAACUGCAUCGCUAUCAUCUUCAGCUUCUGUACCCCAUUGAUGAUCAACGGAUCGGCCAAGUGGGGAGUCAAGACUGGUUUCUUUUUUGCUGGUACCGGCACAGUUGCUGUUGUCAUCGCCUGGUUCAUCCUCCCUGAGGUAGCACGCCGAACACCCGCCGAGAUUGACGAAAUGUUUGAGAAGAAGGUCAAUCUUCGCAAGUUUGACAAAUUUGUCACAGAGGUUCAGGUCAACGCACACGAGCUUCAGGACAGGAAGAAGACUGUUGAUGAGGUUUGA